ACCAAAUACUUCAGCUGGAAGAGAAGCCCAGAGAUUACAAAACUUAAUGGCGGACAUAAAUGUAAGAUUGUUGACAUUUGGUGUUAUAGCUAAUCAAGAGUUGUCCAUCAGUGGUGUAAAGAUGCCGAGAAUAUUUCUAAAGAUAAUUUCAGGUCGUUCCGGCAAGGAUAUGGUGGCAAACUUGGAAAGAAAUGCCAUCAAAUACCCAGACUUAAGCCAAGCAUACUUAACAAAGGCUGGAAAGACAAAGAGGAACAUAGAUGAUGCUUUUAAGAAAGAGAAUGUAGUCAAAUGUUUAGAUGAUACAGAAAGAAAAUUUGACCGAUUGGAAGAAUGUUUACAGAACAGUCAAGGAGUAACCGGAAAAGAUUACUGGCUAACCGGUCCCCAGUUCACGGUAGCAGAUAUUCUUCUUGGUGUCAUCAUGGAUCGUAUGACAAUACUAGGUCUUGAAGACAGAUUCUUUUCAAAAUCAGGACGACCGUUUUUGUUUGAAUAUCAACAAAGAAUUAGUCAGAAGAAAUCAGUACAGAUGCUAAGAGCAGAGGCUAAGAAAAUUGGACCAUUGCUGCUUUUAUCGGGUGUCAAAUCAGUGGCUCCUUAUGUUGGCAGUGUUGCAGUACUAGUAUUGGCGAUUGGAGCUGGUAUUUGGUACCUUAAAAAUAAAUGA